GCUUCGCGACAGACAGCUUUUUUUUUUUCCCCUCUACAAACUGUCCCCGUUGUUAACUCGACAAAAAAACAAAACAAGAGUGCGGACAGCGGCCGGUAGGCGGCUCGCUCGAGGCCCGGUCCGCUUACGUCAGAUAGACUCGUCGUCGGGCAAAAGGUAGAAGAGUGAGACGGAGCGACACUGACAACUGAGCGCGGUUCGCUCGCCCAUCAACACGCCGAAGCAGAGAUGCUACGCGGCUAACCGCGAACGAGUCGAGGCCGCCAGCCUUCCUGCUAACGACGCAGCGGAAGUGCUGCUAGCCCACUGCUAACAGAGUAGCAGCGACCUCGCUACUGGGAAACAUCCGCGUCAAGCUCAAACUUUGAAGUCAGCCAGCUAAGCCAAUUUGGUUGACACUACCACGACCGGAAGUGGAUUUGUUGCGGCUCGCCUUUUUGAGAUGGUCACCUCUCAACUUCCGCUCAAGAUGGAACCCUGACACGUACAAUGGAUGUGAAGACGCCACAGCGAGGAGCCCUUAACUGAAGCAGCUCUCCGCCCAACGUCAUCAUGGCGAGCCGCAGGAAGUCCAGCACGCCGUGCAUGCUUCCGCCUCAAGACGCGCUCCGCUCGGACGGCGACGCCGCGGACGCGGACCGGUUCGAGGACGGCGUCUCCCAGCCGCUGUCGGCGGAGGGAGGAUACGAGUGCAAGUACUGCAACUUCAGGACCAAAACGCUCAACCCGUUCACCGUGCACUUGGCCUCGGAGCAUCCCGACGUGGACGCCAACAUGUGCGACUACCGCACCGGGAGCUACGGCAUGCUCGCGAAGCACAACGCACGGCGUCACCCGGGCCAGGACAAGUUCACACACACAGUGGCGCGACGGAGCUACCAGACGGUCUACCGGCAGACCCUCGACGACCCGGCCUCUGAUGACCGCUCGGUCAAGAUGGGGGACAGCGGGGCGGAGUACGACACCUGGCGUAAAGACACGGCCCCUCGUAAGACGGAGGAUGGCGGGAGCGAGGGCGACGCGGGGUGUAAAGAGAUCGCCAUCAGCAAGAUGCCCAUCAUGAGGAGCCGGGCGGAGCCCAAGAAGUUCACCGCCUCGCACAAAACGGCCGCGGAAGAUGUCAUCAAGGUGGAGAGCGAGGACGAGUACGAAGAUCCGCCCGCUCUGUCACCUGCCCCUCCGGCCCUUGUGACCGCCCCCGCUCCGCAGGGCCCCGUAUCUGCGCCGCUUCAAAUCCAGGCGGGGCCGCAGAGUUUCGCGGUCAACGGCCACAACGUGCUGCAAAUCAAAGGCGCCCUCCCGGCCGGCGCCCUCCCGGCCGGCACCCUGGCCCAGGUUCUGUCGGCGUUGCAGAAGCAGAAUCAGAGUCAGCUCCUUAUCCCCAUCAGCAGCAUCCCGGCCUACAACGCCGCCAUGGACAACAACGUCCUUCUGCUGGGCGCCUACAACAGGUUUCCCUAUCCGUCCCCGUCGGAGAUUGUGGCGCUGGCGUCGCAGACCAAGUUCAGUGAGGAGAACGUCAAAGUGUGGUUCUCCGCCCAGAGGCUGAAACAUGGCGUCAGCUGGACGCCGGAGGAGGUGGAGGAUGCGCGCAGGAAGAGGUCCAACGGAACCGUCCAGACGCUCCAUCAAAGCGUCCCUCAGACUAUCACCGUCAUCCCCGCCAACAUGGCCGCCAACGGCGUGCACUCCAUCUUCCAGACAUGUCAGAUCGUCGGCCAGCCGGGCCUAGUCUUGGCGCAGGUUGGCGGCGGGGCGGCGGUCGCCAAUGUUCCCGUGGCGGCCCCCGUUACGCUGACCGUCGCCAGCGUCCCCGGGAACCUACGUAAAGCCGCGGAAGCCUCCGGCGAGUCCCGCGCGGAAACGUCUUCUUCGUCCGCCACUUUAGACUCCGCCUCCAAACCCAAAAAGUCCAAAGAGCAGCUGGCCGAGCUGAAGGCCAGCUACGGCCGGCGUCAGUUCGCCACCGACGCCGAGAUCUCCCGCCUCAUGCAAGUCACGGGGCUCUCCAAGCGCGCAAUCAAGAAAUGGUUCAGCGACACCCGCUACAACCAGAGGAACUCCAGGGACGUGCACCACGACAGCACGGCCGGCGGCGGCCAAGCUGGCGCCAGCGACAACAAAGACGACGCCGACGACAACCCCGCUUCCUCCGCAGCCGCCAUCGUCAUCGACUCCAGCGAUGACGCGGGCGACUUCCCGCCGACCUCGGCCCCCGCCGCCCAGGGCUCGCCCCGCACCUCCCGGGAACGCCGCGCCAAAUUCCGCCACGCCUUCCCGGAUUUCACGCCCCAGAAGUUCAAGGAGAAGACAUCGGGGCAGCUCGCCAUCCUGGAGUCCAGCUUCCGCAAAUGCGACAUGCCGUCCGACGACGAGCUGACGCGCUUGCGGGGGCAGACCAAGCUGACGCGGCGCGAAGUGAAUGCCUGGUUCAGCGACAGGCGCAAGGGGGCUGCGCCCCCCUCCCCUGCCUCGCCGCCCCCCAUGGGCCGCAGAGUGCUGAAGAAAACUCCGGCGCAGCUCGACAUCCUAAAGAAAGCUUUUUUGCGCUCGCGGUGGCCCACAGCCGAAGAGUACGACAAGAUGGCGGAGGACUGCGGUCUGCCUCGCAACUACGUGGUCAACUGGUUCGGGGACACGCGAUAUGCCGCCAAGAACAGCAACCUCAAGUGGUUUGACCUCUACCACAGCGGCAAGGUCAGGAGAUUGCCUCACGCGAGCGCCAGACGGCGCCACCGUGCACCCACCCUGUUUGUGCUCCGCAGGUGGACGAGACCUCGCUGGACGGACCCGCCAGGAUGCCCAAGAAGUCCAGGAAGCGUUUCCGGGGUUGGUCCAGGAGGACGCGGCGGGCGUGCGCCGGAAAACAGGACAUGCACGCGCCCAGCGAGGCCAAGAGCGGGAAGGCCUUCCUGGGGACCUACUUCCUCCAGCAGCGAGUCGGGAGUGAGGACCACCCGGACGACUCGGCGUCCAAGUCGGACACGAGCGAGCGGCGCGAGUGGUUCUCCGAGGUGCGACGCCGGGCCGACGAGGGGAAGGAGCCCUUGCGCGACCACCAACGGGAAGAUGAAGAGCGGGAAGAGGAGGCGGCCAGCGAAGGAGGCGCGCAGGCAAAAGACCUCCGUGAGGACGCCGACGAGGAAAUGAUCCAGGAACCGUCUCCUCGCGGGAGCCAAUCGGAGUGCCAAACGUGAGCGACCGCUCAGUGCCGCUUCCUGUUUUCCAAAGUAAAUGCAAGACGCGGCCGCUCUUUGCCAACAUGGCCGCGGCACAGUCGUGACGGGUUCAGCAUGCGUGUCGUUGGCUUUGGGAAGAACGUUCAGGACGCGGCUACCCGAUGUUCAUGCUUUUAUUGUGGCGGAAACGGUUUUUUAUUGGCCUUUUCUUUCUUCCUUCGGUCCACUGUGUAUGAAGACCAUCACAAAUAUUUCUCUGACCUGAUUCUCGGAGACGUCACCUGUUUCCAGCUUUGUCUCCAAGCACAUUUGCGGGCUUUUAUUGUGAAAAGUGAAAGGAAGUCCACUCAGUGCCAUCGAACGUGCAAACGUGUCUGGAAAUUGUAUUUGAUCUUUUACUUUUGUCAAGUUAUGACGGAGAUCACGAUGUCACCCACACCCGGCCUCCACUGACGCAAACAUUGCCGACAACUUUAUCGACAUCACGGACGCCGGCCACCGCAGACGACAAUUUGGGAAAAGCACUUUUUUGCGUGACUCAGCCACAGACUCGUCUUCAGUGAAUCACAUUUAUAAAAAUCACUUUUUUAUAUCGAAAUGUUUUCUAUCGUGUCAAUUUCCACUUAAAGAUGUUUUGUUUCUAAAUAUAUAAAAUAUGUUUGAAGGUCAGUACUGAAAAGUGAGAACAAUGUCGUACUGAAUUGUUGAGAUAUAGCAUUAAACUUUCACCAUCUCAGGUGUCAGGAUUUUUGGGGCGUGGCCAAAACGGUGGCCGGGUGACGCACUUUGGGAUCUGACAAGUCGGCCCUCGCCCACUAUAGAAGUACCAAGCACCUUUAGUGGCAGUUCGGAGCUAUAGAUGAAAAAUUGGCCCAUUUUUACCACUGCAGCUUGCAGUCAUCCGUCAAUCAAGGCCUCCAACCCAAAAAUAAAUACGACAUCUCACAAGUAUUUUGUGUUGUUUGGCUUACAGCGUCUCCAUUGCGCACCGCACGGCGCGGAGCGAGACAGCGACUGACCCGACGGGUGCGCCGGCCUUCACCACGGCGACACUUCAGGGAAAGAUA